UACAGAAACAGCGACCUGCCGGGACAGUUUGAUUACAGGUGCGGCUUGGCGGCCCCGGGUGCAGGGUGCGCGCUGUCCGUGUUUGACCUGCAGGAAGCAAAGCAUCUUUGUGAUUUAGACAGUCGGUGCAAAGGUUUUAUUUGGACACACAGGAAAACGUGGACAGGUUGGAAAGAAUAGAGAGAUAAACUAUUAUGUGGUUUUGUUGGUAUUCAGUUUAAAAAAAAAAAUUUUUUAAUCUUUUGUUUAAAAAUGUACUAAAAAGUAUCAACUAAUUGAGCUCUGUUAGUUUAGGUCGUUGUACUAAAAAGUAUCAACUAAUUGAGCUCUGUUAGUUUAGGUCGUUGUACUAAAAAGUAUCAACUAAUUGAGCUCUGUUAGUUUAGGUCGUUGUACUAAAAAGUAUCAACUAAUUGAGCUCUGUUAGUUUAGGUCGUUGUACUAAAAAGUAUCAACUAAUUGAGCUGUGUUAGUUUAGGUCGUUGUACUAAAAAGUAUCAACUAAUUGAGCUCUGUUAGUUUAGGUCGUUGUACUAAAAAGUAUCAACUAAUUGAGCUCUGUUAGUUUAGGUCGUUGUACUAAAAAGUAUCAACUAAUUGAGCUCUGUUAGUUUAGGUCGUUCGAGUUUUGCGGAUGAGGCAAUAAAACAGUUCUGUCAUCAAAACAUUUAAAUAAACCACGUGGCAUGGUCAGGUGUCAUUUUUCUAAUUGUUCAAAGGGCCAUGAGGUACUACUACCCGUUGUUUGAAUAGUUUGACAUCGAAGUAAUUUAAGCAAAAACCCAGAUAGCUUCAAGUUGGUUCAUCAAAAACCUAUAUAGCUUCAAGUUGGUUAAGCAAAAACCCAGAUAGCUUCAAGUUGGUUAAGCGAAAACCAAGAUAGUUUCAAUUUGGUUAGGCAAAAACCCAGAUAGCUUCAAGUUGGUUCAUCAAAAACCUAUAUAGCUUCAAGUUAGUUAAGCAAAAACCCAGAUAGCUUAAAGUUGGUUAAGCGAAAACCAAGAUAGCUUCAAGUUGGUUCAGCAAAAACCAAGAUAGCUUCAAGUUGGUUAAGCAAAAACCCAGAUAGCUUCAAGUUGUUUAAGCAAAAACCCAGAUAGCUUUAAGUUGGUUAAGCAAAAACCCAGAUAGCUUCAAGUUGGUUAAGCAAAAACCCAGAUAGCUUCAAGUUGGUUAAUCAAAAACCCAGAUAGCUUCCGUUUUUCUCUAAGUUCAACUAAGUGAAAUAUUUGACUUUUUUUGUGUGUGUUUAUUAUUUCAUUUAUGUUACCUUUUUUUUUUUUCCAUAUUGCCCUAUUUCAGGUAGAACAAUGAUCCAUCUGAAAAACGGGUUGUCUACUCUUUCAUUGAAUGAAUCCACAGACGUCUACGUCAAGCCAGGUUGAAGAAAGGAUCCCAACCAUUCUGAAGCAGAGUACAGAAAUCUACUGGCAGGAAUCGGA